ACAAGUAAAUAGUGAAAAGUAAAUAGUGUAAUUGUAGUAUGUCCACUCGCCCAGACGUCCAAGAACCAGCGACCGACGGGGCGUCAACGUCUCGAAGCCACCCCAUAGUACCUGCUUCUGAGCUACGUCCGUCCCGCACAUCUGUUUGGUCCUUGCGACCCGGAUCGCCUGGGAAGCGAGCCAGGAACUUCAGCUGAAGAUACUGAAGAGUUGUAAACAGCAAGUAUGCCUGUGACAAGAUCGCAAGGAAGAGCCGCUCAAGCCUGGAUCAUCGACGCCAGACCGGGCCGCCGCACACCCCCCAUCGUGCACGACCAGCCGCCGUUCUCUCCAACCACCACCGAGGGGAGUGAGCAGCCCCCCCCUCCCCCGAGGGGGGGUGAAGACCUACCCUGCCCCGCAGCUGUGAGGGGAAGUGAGGCGCCGCCCUGCCCCCCUGCCCCGCGGGGGGGUGAAGACCGACCGCGCCCCCCUACCCCGCGAGGGGGUGAAGAGCGACCAGCGCCGUCGUCGUUGAUGCAGACUGAAGCGUCGUCAUCACUGAGGCCGCCUGGAACCAGUGCUGAAGAAUAUAGUUCAGGAGGAACACUGAAGGCUUGCGACAAGACAUACAACCGAGCUGUACCGUUGACUACCCGGGUUGACGCCCGUACCGAACUUAAGGCACCGUCGCACAGAUCGACGGCAUCAAAUAGAAAAAUUAGAAAUGCGCGUGAAGACUUAUUGAAGAUUAAGUUGGAGCUAGCGCAAAUAGCACUUCAGAGGGCCGAGGAAGAAUCGGACGACGAUUAUAUGGACGAUAGAAAUUCCAAUGAAGAGUACAUCCGUUCCUGGUUGGAGGAAGCUCCGGAACCAGACCCGCAGGACGCCGCCGCUGAGGGAGGACAUAGACCACCAGAUACCCUGGACCUGCCCGAGCCCCCCCCCUCCGCGGUUAUAGUGAAUCCGGUCCUGCGUGGAAUAAGUACUGCUCCUGGAAGAGACGCCGCCGCCGAGGGAGGACAUAGACUGCCGGGUACCCUGGACAAACCAGAGCCCCCCCCCUCGAAGACCAUCGAUACUGAAGCCCUUUCAUCAAUGAAGAAACCAGUUGAAGAUACCGCAGGGGGUGAAGGGCUCCGUCCGUUUAUCACGGAACUCACCUCCGCCAUCGCAUCGCUAGCCGGCAAUAGAAGCGAAGAGAAACCGGUGUACCACAACCCUGCUGCAUCGAAAGUCAUCAUGACGCUGCCGAACUUUAGUGGAUUGCAUACAGAAUGGCUAUCGUUCCGCGCCAUCUAUGAGACAACGCGACCAUAUUUCAACGAUGUGGAAAAUACGGCGAGGCUGAGAAGAAGCCUGCGAGGAAGAGCGCUUGACACAGUUAGUUCCGAGCUUAUCGGCAACGCCAGGCCAGAUGACAUCAUGAAGGAGUUGGAGCUUCAGUUUGGCCGCCCCGACUCAAUAGCGCAAGCGGAAACAGACAGACUGCGCGGGCUGCCACGCUGCGGAGAAGCACCGAAGGACAUCUGCACUUUCGCCAGCCGUGUACGAAGUGGCAUCGUCACACUGCGAGCGCUGAAAAAGGAACACUACCUCAUGAACGCCGAGCUUAUGCGCAUCCUCACAGAGAAGCUGCCGAACUCGCUACGUGUACAGUGGUACAAGACAUAUACUGAGAAGUACCAGUCAACGCCGGACUUGGGUCUCUUCAGCGACUUCAUCACCGAACAAGCUCGCUACUGCAGCGCGUUUGCACCGCCUGAAAACAUCAGUGAAGCUACUGGACUUAGACGUGUGACGCAGAGAACACACACCACUAUAGACAAGAAGCCCGCAUCGAAGUGCCGCAUCUGCGAGAUGGAUGGACACCGAUCGCUAGACUGCCACAAGUUCGUGAAGGCUUCUGCGGACAAGAAGUGGGAACUUGCCAAGCAGCACAACCUGUGCUUCCGCUGCCUGCGCCAUCGUCAGCACGGACACAGAUGUCAGAAGAAGAGAUGUGGAAUCGAGGGCUGCACAGCAUCACACCAUCAUCUGCUUCACUACAAGAAGAAGGCGAGCACUACUGAAGUCGCACAAGAAGCACAAGAAAUAGUCGCAAGUUCACGCAACCACACAAAUCAAGCGUUCCUGAAAAUCGUUCCGGUGCAACUGUCCGGACCGGCGGGAGAAGUGCGCACCUACGCACUGCUGGAUGACGGCUCAACCGUGUCACUGAUUGACGAAGAGCUAGCAGACAUGAUCGGUGCAGAGGGACCAGUCGAGCCGAUGAAGAUAGGCGCCAUCAGCGACGUGACUAUCGACACGCCCACGUCGAAGAGAGUUGACCUCACGCUAUCGACCUGCCAUAGGAAGAAGAUACCCUUCAGGGCGCGCACCAUACCACGCCUGCACCUGUCGCCGCAGUCAAUCAGCAAGGAUGACAUCGCUGACUGCAAGCACCUGUUUGACCUGGCAGAUCAGCUGACGUACAACGCAGGGACGCCGAAGAUUAUCAUCGGGCAAGACAACUGGCAUCUGCUCCUAGCAACAGACAUCAGAAGAGGGCCCCAGCAUCAGCCGAUAGCAUCGUUAACUCCCUUGGGCUGGGUGCUGCACGGUGCCCGCACUAGGAUUCUGGGACAGCAGGUGCACUACGUCAAUCAGCUGAACAGCGCCGAGGAAAGCAUAGACAAGCAACUUCGUGAAUACUUCGCACUCGAGUCACUCAUCAUCAACCCGUGCCGACCAGCUUCUGACCCGGAGAAGAGAGCGGAAGAUAUAUUACAACGCAGUAUAGUACAGCUGGAAGAUGGACGUCUUCAGACUGCGUUGCUAUGGAGGAGUGACGAGAUACAGAUGCCGGACAGCUACGCGACUGCGAUGAAUAGACUCGUAUCAAUAGAGAAAAAACUCGACAAGAAUCCUGCUCUGAAGACUAGGUAUAUGGCGCAGAUGGAUUCACUAAUAGAAAAGGGCUACGCAGAGAAAGCGCCCCUUGAACGUACACCGGGAAGAACGUGGUACCUGCCGCACUUCGACGUCUUCAACCCUAUGAAACCGGAGAAGCUUCGUAUAGUUCACGACGCAGCAGCAAAGACAAGAGGGAUGUCACUGAACGACUACCUACUCACGGGUCCGGACUUGCUGCAGUCACUGCCCGGCGUGAUGAUGCGAUUCCGACGUCACCGCGUCGCCGUCUCCGGAGAUAUCACUGAAAUGUUUAUGCAGGUGAAAGUAAAGCCAGAAGACAGAGACGCUCUCCGAUAUCUGUGGCGAGGAGAGCGGCGGGAGGGGGCGCCGGAAGAGUACCGAAUGACGUCAAUAAUAUUCGGCGCAGCAAGUUCACCGUGUACAGCAAUAUUCGCUAAGAACUGGAAUGCUAAACGCCAUGCGAACGAACAUCCAGAAGCAGUAGAAGCAAUAGUCAAGAAUCAUUACAUGGACGAUUACCUGGAUAGCUUCAGAAGUAUAGAAGAGGCGACGCACACAAUCAAGAUAGUACAAGAAAUACAUAGUAAAGCGCGCUUCGACCUAACGAAAUGGGUAUCCAACAGCGAAGAAGUGCUGCGUGAAUUGGUACCGGGCCAAGAAACAACACAGAUUGUUAAUCUUGGAAAUAUAGAAAACACAGAGAAAGUACUCGGCGUGAUAUGGAAGCCACACACAGACGAGCUGAGCUUCAACUUAAAACUCGCGCGCCUACCUACUGGCCUGCUCGACAAGGAAACGCCCACCAAGAGAGAGGCGCUCAAGAUAGUUAUGUCACUGUAUGACCCGCUGGGCCUCGCCUCACCUAUAACAAUCAGGGCGAAACAAAUACUGCAAGAAGCCUGGAGGCGGGGAGUCGACUGGGAUCAACCUCUCGAUGAAGAACUAUCAAGCCAGUGGAGGGCGUGGAUAAGUCAUCUCGAACAGCUGAAGAACGUAAACAUACCGCGCUGUUAUCCUGGGUACAGCGAGGCUACAGAAAUACAAGUACACGUGUUCACCGACGCCAGUGAGAAGGCCUACGCUACAGCGGUGUACUGGAGGUCAACGACCCGUGACAACAACGUGCACGUCAGCCUCGUCAUGGCGAAGGCGAAGGUGGCGCCGCUGAAGCUGCUGUCAAUACCGCGCCUCGAGCUGCAAGCCGCGGUGAUGGGUACGCGCGUCGCAGCCGCAGUGAUAUAUGAACACAACGUCAAGCCCGCCUCCGUGACCUACUGGAGUGACAGCAGAACCGUUCUGACAUGGAUAAGGAAAGGAGCCAGAUCGUACAAGCCAUUCGUUGCACAUCGCUUGGCCGCCAUAGAGGAAAAUAGCAGAGUCGAAGAGUGGCGCUGGGUGCCUACAAAAAGCAACAUAGCCGACGCCGCCACCCGCGACGUCCCGACGCACUUUCAUACCGACCACGAGUGGUACUGCGGCCCUAAGUUCCUCUACGACGACCCAUCGACAUGGCCGACCGAGUCACCAGCUGACAGUCAACCGACAGGCGAGGAAAAAACAGUCACGCUCAUACAAGCAGGCGCAACAAACCUCAUAGACGUCGUUCCCGACCCCGCUCGAUUUUCAAGGUGGGAGCGAUUGCUGCGCGCCACAGCCAGAGUACUACAGUUUAUAUCGUUAUGUAGAAAACAACAUACAGAAAAAACGUUCUACAAGCGAACAAGGAAAAACAAAGAAAACGAUCCUGAUUGGUCGAGAGCGGUGCGAGCGCCCCGCGCGCCCGCCGAAGCUGCGCGCGCCCAAAUAUACACACGCAAGUUUAUUAUAUUGGACGCGACAUACAUUCAAAGAGCAGAGAAGCUGUUAGUUCGUGUGGUGCAACAGGAAGCCUUUAAACAAGAAAUAGCCAGUCUCGAGAGCAACAAAACAGUCGCAAGUAGUAGCCGGCUGUACCCGCUGCGCAUAGAACUAAACGACGGAGUUAUAGUACUGCGAAGCCGCAUAGCUGCUGUAGACAAAGUCGCUAAAAGCGUGAAGAGUCCACCUGUGUUAGACGGCGAUCACCGUAUUACACAGCUAUAUAUAGAUUGGACACACCGUAGCCUACAACACAGUGGCACCGAGCUCGUCGUGAAUGAGGUCAGACAGCACUACUGGAUUGUGCGGCUGCGCCCGACAGUCAAGCAAGUCAUCGCGCGCUGCCUGCACUGCCGCAUACGUCGCGCGCGCGCGCCGACGCCGGCAACCGGCGACCACCCGAAGACACGCCUAGCUCAUCACCGCAGGCCGUUCACAUACACCGGGCUUGAUUAUUUCGGCCCGCUGUCAGUCACCGUCGGUCGUCAGCAUCACAAGCGAUACGUGGCGCUGUUCACGUGUCUCACAACAAGGGCAGUUCACCUCGAGAUCGCGCACAGCCUCAGCGCGGACUCAGCUGUGUUGGCGCUGCGCAGGUUCGCAGCGCGACGCGGCUGUCCCACCGAAAUCUACUCCGACAACGGCACCAACAUGCACGGUGCUGACCGUGAGCUGCGUGAGGCCUGCCAGGAGGAGGCCAGCCGACGCGGCAUCGCCUGGCGCUUCAUCACGCCUUCCGCGCCUUUCAUGGGAGGCGCCUGGGAGCGCUUAGUGCGGUGCGUUAAGACCGCGCUAGGCGCCACGCUGCACGAGCGCCACCCACGCGAGGAGGUCCUCGCGACGCUGCUCUGCGAGGUCGAGUACGUCGUCAACAGCCGGCCGCUCACCCACGUAUCUGUGAGCGGCGACGACGACGAGUCCAUCACACCGAACCAUUUCCUGCUGGGCGGCUCGGCACGCCUGCCGAGCCCCGGCACGUUCGACGAGCGAGACAUCGACAGCAAGAAGCACUGGCGGCGCGCCCAGAUACUCGCCGACAUGUUCUGGCGCCGCUGGGUGCGCGAGUACCUGCCCGAGCUCCAAUACCGGCGGGAGCCGCACGCCCGCGGCCCCGCGCUGCAGCUGGGCGACCCCGUCCUCAUCGCCGACGGCAACCUGCCUCGCAACACCUGGCCGCGAGGCCGGGUCGUGGCCGUCUACCCGGGCGCUGAUGGUGAAGUUCGGACCGCUGACAUGCGCACCGCAGGUGGCAUACUAAAGCGUCCGACGAAGAAACUCGUGCCGCUGCCUAAGUAA